UUGACUCUCCACAGGCUCCUUGACCUCGCACUCCAGCUUGGUGUUCUGUGUGGUUCAGACGCUCCCAACUUUUCUGUUCAGUUUCUCAGAUCUGCAGCUAGCGCGGACACUAAGCAGCCAUGGAUGCCAUCAAGAAGAAGAUGCAGAUGCUCAAGCUCGACAAGGAGAAUGCCUUGGACAGAGCUGAGCAGGCCGAGUCAGACAAGAAAGCAUCUGAAGACAGAAGCAAACAGCUUGAGGAUGACCUGGUAGCAUUGCAGAAGAAGCUGAAGGGAACUGAGGAUGAGUUGGACAAGUACUCUGAGGCCCUGAAGGAUGCCCAGGAGAAACUGGAACUCGCUGAGAAGAAAGCCACAGACGCUGAGGGUGAUGUAGCCUCCCUGAACAGACGCAUCCAGCUGGUUGAGGAGGAGUUGGACCGAGCCCAGGAGCGUCUGGCCACAGCUCUGACCAAGCUGGAGGAGGCUGAGAAGGCUGCUGAUGAGAGUGAGAGAGGUAUGAAGGUUAUUGAGAACAGAGCAAUGAAGGACGAGGAGAAGAUGGAGCUGCAGGAGAUCCAGCUGAAAGAGGCCAAAAACAUCGCUGAGGAGGCUGACCGAAAAUAUGAGGAGGUGGCCCGUAAGCUGGUGAUCAUUGAGGGUGACCUGGAACGUGCAGAGGAGCGUGCCGAGCUGUCUGAGAGUAAAUGCUCUGAGCUUGAGGAGGAGCUGAAGACCGUGCAGAACAACCUGAAGUCUCUGGAGGCUCAGGCAGAGAAGUACUCACAGAAGGAGGACAAGUACGAGGAGGAGAUCAAGGUUCUCACAGACAAGCUGAAGGAGGCUGAGACCCGUGCAGAGUUCGCUGAGAGAUCAGUCGCCAAGCUAGAGAAGACCAUCGAUGAUCUGGAGGACGAGCUGUAUGCCCAGAAACUGAAGUACAAGGCCAUCAGCGAGGAGCUGGACCAUGCCCUCAACGACAUGACAUCCAUCUAAACCUUUACACUCCUCACUUGGGAAGCUUGUCGAACAUCAUCAUUUCACUCCUGCGCAGCUCAGCCCGACUUUCUGUUUCUCUUUAUUUUUUUUCUGUACGUCUUUAUUGCCCUGCCAUGACUGCACAUCGGGCCUGUGCUGCCAGCAUCCCUUGUUCCAUCUCCUAAACAGAACUUUGAGCCAUAUUGCUUUCUGUAAAAUAAACACUUUUCCAUCUGUCUAUGCACAAUC